AUGCAGCAGGACCCGCCGACCGACCAGCAGAGCGUCCGCUGCGCCGGCCUCACCUUUCGCCUGGAGCCGCGGUCCACCGACGGCAAGUCCCUCCUGGCCAUCACCGCCGAGCACGCCGCCGACCCUCUUCACCCCACCACCUACAAGCUCGACGUUCCAGGUGAGAAGGUGGCGGCCACCACGCACACCCUCUGCCAAACGACCAACGGUUGGACCGCCGCCGUGACUGUAGACGCCAAGCGCCAGCAGGUGCGGGUCACAGUGCGCCACGCUCUGGGCUUUCGCGAUGUCGAGUUCGAGCUGGUGCUGUCGGGCGAGCAGCUCAAUGUGAGCGAGCGGCUCGACCAAGUGCUGCGCGUGGUGGGUCCCCGCACCAAUGAUCUCCUGGCCGACCGUCACCCCAACAUCGACCAGUUCCACGGCGGACUCGGGGCCGUGGUCGCCCGGCCCUGCGGCCUGCACGCCAGCGUCACGACCGGUGUCGAGUUCACCGCGGGCCAGCACUACCUCGAGUGGCGCCUGCUGCGGUGCCUCAACAACGCCUGCAUGCUGGGCGUGGCCGAGUACCCGCUCCAGGUCUUCACCCCAUACCCCGGCAGCGCGGCACUGACCAGCGGCCGGUCCCUGUACGGCCACAACGGCCACCUCUACCGCGAUGGGGCAAACGCCCCCUAUGGCCUGGGCGUGUUCGGGCCGGGUGAGUAUGUGGGCGUGCUGCUCGAUAUGGACGCACGGACGGUGGCCUUCUCGAUCAACGGGCGCCUGGGCGAUUCCCUCCCCCUCUCCGGCAAGGGGGGCCACUGCUUUGUGGCCACACUCUACACGCAGGGCGACGCCAUCGAACUGUUGCCCCAGCACUGCUGGCAUCGCUACGCGCAGUAG